CAGUUUCAUUAUCUCUCUAAUUGUAUGAUAAGUUGGACUCUUUGUAAAACAAAACACCGAAACCUAAACAAAAUAUAUCCACGAUUCCAAACCAACGAUUCUAAAAAAUUUGACAAUUUCCUAAUUCAGCAAAGACGAAACAUUUCGAAUUCGUUGUUGAUUUACAUUGGAGGCUCUUCUCUCUUAGCUAUUCUCAUCAAUUGUUUCGCUUGCAGUGUUGCUCCUGUUGUCAAUUUCAAUAGGAUUCAAGGCUUCAAUUAGAGUUGAGAUCAUUUAAAAUCUGCUCGUUGGAACAUAUUUUCUUGCUAACAAGUUUUGAGGUAGUGCAGCAUCUACUCGAAGUAAGCUUUUGAAAUUGACGAAAUUGCAUUUUUAAGGAUUCUUCUAGUGAAGCUUGGAGUUAAACAGUGACUUUCGUUGACUCAAAAUCUAUUCAAAUGGCUGUUGAAAUGAACUCCUCAAGUGGACUAGAUGGUGCUUCGAGAUCAGAUAAGGAAAAUCAAUUUGAAAAAGCUAAAAGAGGAAAGACUCGAGGUGCAAAAUGGAAGGAAAAAAGGGACUUGGAGAAAACAAGAGUGCAUAUAGAUAUACCUCCAUGCUUGCAGCGAGUUGUAGGACCAAAUGCACAACAAUUCAUUACCGAGACAAGCUAUAUUGUGAAGCAAUAUUGCCCGCUUAAUGUUCCGAAUUGGGCUGCAAUAAAUAAAGAUAAAAAGAAGAAGUUGAUGGAUGAUGUUAAGGGAAUGUAUGUCUUCCCGGAAGGUUCUUAUGUUGACCGAGCUGUUCGCAACGUACUUAUGAGAAGUUUGAGAACGUGGCGAUAUAACUUGAGAAAAAGUUAUUAUCGAAAGUAUAAGACUGACAAAGAAAGGUUAAGUCAUUGUCCACCUGAAGUUGAUCCAGAAGAUUGGAAGUGGCUAGUGGAACAUUGGGGAACCCAGAAAUUUCGGAAUUUAAGUGAGACACUUAUGGCAAAUAGGGAAAAGCAGAAGAUGUUUGCUUGUGUAGGGACAAAGUCUAUCUCAAGAAUCGCACACGAAAUGCGUAGCGUUCCACCUCGAGAAGAAAAUGAUGAACCAAUCCUAUCGGAAUAUGUAAGGCUUUUUGAGAAACAAAAAAAGAAAAAGAAUGGCAAUUGGGUAGAUGAUGAGGCUGAGGAAGCAUAUAAAAAGCUAUUGGAUUUACAUAACGAGCAGCUCGAGAAACAUGGUGUAGAUAAUCUUUUAACAUCAGAGGCUUAUACAAUUGUUUUAGGUCACAAAUCAGGGUAUCAGAGAGGGUUGGGUCAAGGACCUCCACCUUUUAGAGGUGUAAAUGCGGGUGGACAAUUUCGCUGCAGUGACAUUGUGGAUCAAAAUGCUAUAAAUGCUCGAAUUCAAGCAGAAGUAGAACAAAAAGUUACUGAGUUAUCAGCUAAAAAAGAAGUUGAAUGCAAUGAAAAGCUACGAGCUGAAUUAGAUGCAUUCUCUAGAGAAAAAGAAGUGGAACUUCGAGUGAAAAUUCAAAAUGAGCUAGAAAGUAAAUUGCGUAAUGAGUUGCAACAAGAAAUGCAAAAUCAAAUGCGCUUAAUGUUUGAACAAGAGUUUUCCACCAUGAAACAAGCUCAAACUGCUGAUUCACAUUCAUCUUCAGAAGCUGCUGCAAAUAUAUUGGAUAAAGGGUCCAAUAUAGCACGAAGCAAAGUUAUUCCAUAUUAUUGCAAAAUGUGUGCAAUGUCAUUCAAAGAUGUAACAACUUAUAUGACUCAUAUUCGGGGAGACCAACAAAAAUCAAACUGGAAAGAUGAAGUGUGUGGCAUCUCUCAUCGAUUCUGCAUUAAUUUGAACGUCUUAAGACAAGUUGCGCCUCUUCAGUUCUUGCAUUCACUCCUUGCUUUUCUUGGCGAGUUUAUUACCAGUGUUACAUAGUCUCAAAUCAUCUCGGGGUUCUAGUCCAUCAUCAAUGCCAUCUUGGAACUAAAGCACCUGUUAAAGGUUUUGGUAGAUUUUGCAUCAAACUUCAGAUAUUCUUUCAACAAGAGUAGAAGUAGUUGUUCUUUUUAUUUAAUUUGUCAUAUGAAUCAGUUGUUUUUAUUUGGUAAUACAAAUUAUAGCUCAUUCUCUGUAGCUUAUUGGGAAGGAUUAAUGUAUAGUGAAUUUUAGUUUUGUUGGAAUAUAGUAAGUACGAUAGAAUUAUUAGUCAAUAAUGAUUAUAAAUUUCUUGUAAAGUCAGAUGUAUUUUUUGAAUUCUUUUCAAAAUAUUAGAUUGGAAUCAAAAGUUAUUUAA